AUGAACUGGAAGUCGUAUGUUUUCCCCGGUGGUCACCCACCGGCUGCUUUGUCCACGGGCCUCGUGGUAUUUUUGACGGCUGUUUAUCUGUUAGGUUUCGUGUUUGACCUGAGGGACGACCUGUCGCUAGCGCCAGAGUCAUUGUUUAAACUGCAAAUGAGUAGACUGUCGUUGUACCCGCUGAUUCAUCUUUCGCUACCCCAUUUGCUGUUCAACAUUCUGGCCAUCUGGGCACCUCUGAACCUGUUCGAGGAGACGCACGGGACGGUGUUCACGGGCGUGUUCUUGAACAUGAGUGCACUGUUCGCGGGGAUUCUGUACUGUCUUGUGGGUAAAUUGCUCUAUCCAGAAGUGUCCGUUGCGGGCGCCAGUGGAUGGUGUUUCACGCUGUUCGCAUACUACAGUUUCAAAGAAUCGCAGGUUCGUCCUAGAACAAGAAUCUUCCGCACAGACUACUCGAUUCCAACCUUAUACACCCCUGUUGCCCUGUUGAUCGCGAUCGCCAUCAUCAUACCUGGGUCCAGUUUCUGGGGUCACUUCUUUGGACUGUGUGUCGGAUACGCCAUCGGUUACAAAGAGUCCUGGUUCCACAAGAUCACUCCACCGGGAUGGAUCAUCGCUAAGAUCGAAAAUGUUUUGGAUGGCCUGAUCCGGUUGAUACCGUGGGGCAUCAAGUACUACAGAGAUGCGGAUAUCGACAGAAACAAGGAUUACGAACCGCUGAUGGCCACAGACACGCCAUUGCCCCUCCACAACGACAACGGUGGCACUGUUCUGGGCACUGCUUAG